UGCAAAUUUGGAAAGCUUCAUUGUGAUGAAUGUUGUAUCGCACCGCAUUAUUGAAUGCUGAAGUGGCCGUUGUUGUUUCUGAGUCUAUUUUCAACAUGUUGAGAGAGGCAUUAUUUCAUCCAAAAGGAAGUCAGUGUCACUGACAAUGACUUAUCUGUGUCUGUGUGUGCACAGUCUCUCCACGAGCCCCGCAUAAGAAGAUCCAAGAUGCCGGACACAAUCAUGUCCAAGGAGCCCAGUUCCAACCUGGAGAGUGCCAUGCAGAUGCUGAUAAAGACCUUCCACAAGUACUCGGGAAAGGAAGGGGACAAAUACACCCUGAGCAGGAGCGAACUGAAGGAGCUGUUGUUGGAGGAGCUGGGAACUUACUUAGGGAAUUCCAAAGAUAAUGAAGCCGUUGAGAAGGUGAUGAACGACUUGGACGCAAACAACGAUGGCGAGGUGGACUUCACCGAGUUCAUCAUUCUGAUGGGGGCCCUCACAGUAGCUUGCAAUGACUUCUUCCUCGAGUAUAAAACAGACGACAAACCGAAGGCCGAGGGCGAGACGACAAAGAAAGAGUGAGGCGGCGAGAGAGAGAGCAAGAGAGAGAGAGAGAGAGA